AUGUCGAUGAUUUUGAUCGACGACUCCACCAUGGAAAUGAAAAAAACUGUGGAAAAAAAAAUUAAGAGUAUCCUGAAAACUAACAAAAAGGUGAAAUCAAUGCUGGACGAUGGCAGCUACAAUCAGAGCAGCUCCAUCGGGGCAGUACGCUGGAACCUGCCCGAGGAAGAUGUCCAGGCCCACAGCUCUGUCCCCAGCAGAUCUGCCAACAGCCUCACCAAUACGCUACAUCCUCGUCAGAACAGCCUCAAAGAUCUGCGUAGCCUGCAGGAGUGUGUGAAGUUUAUCCAUCACUGGAAGGAGCAAGUCGACCAAGUUUGCAAGAUGGGAGGAAGUCAUCCAGAAGAGGAUGACAGUAAGAAGGAUGCAGAGACUUCAGACCGGCGUGUUGAGCGCAGUCUGGAAGAGAGCAGGAAACUGAUCCAGGAAUGGGCCAGUGAGCUCCAACAUGUUGACAAGCUCGUGAAAGAAACCCCGUGGAAAUCAGACACUGAAAACCAAGAAAAUAAAAAAGAUGCCAGUGAGGAAGCACAGAUGAGGAUCAUGGAGUGGGCAAAGGAGCUGCAAACCGCCUCUGAGAGCUGUGGCGUGCAGCGCCACGAGCUGGGGAGAGUGUUGCGUCUGUUGGGCCUGAAGAAAAAACGCCUUGUCAACCUGAUGCCUCUGCUGGAGCUCAUCACCUGGUCUCUUCUUAAGGAAGACAGCCAAGUGAGUAUUCCACAGCUGUGGUUACUGGCAAAGCAACGCACCUGGAUAGCAGGAACUCCAAGAUACAUCCCCAACUCAGUUUGGAGCUGGAUUUGCAGCGCAGAAGCUGAUGUGAUGCUCGACUCCCAGACUAACCACCCCUGGCUGCAGCUGUCGGAGGACCAGCGUAAAGUCCAAGAGGCCCAUUCACAGGCCGACCUGCCUCAGAGCUCACAGCGCUUUGACAACUGGCCCUGUGUGCUGGGCUGGAAGGGCUACAGCAAUGGCCGCCACUACUGGGAGGUGGACAUUGCCCGCGGUAGCUCCUGGCGUGUGGGAGUGACCACCGCCGAAUCCAAGCGGCACGGCCGGUUCCUCAUGACCCCAAAGACGGGUUACUGGGCCCUGUGGCGCAGCCCAAACCACUUCUACGCCUGCACCAAGGGGGAGACACAGCUGCCCGACAGCCUGGUACCAAGACGAAUGGGGAUCUACAUAGACUACGAAGAGGGCCAGAUCUCCUUCUACAACGUCGAAACAAAGACCCACAUUUACACCUUCAGUGGAACCUUCAAAGGGAAGCUGUACCCUCUGUUUGCCCUACUGGACGGACGCACUAUCAUGACAAUCAUCCCACCACAGAAUCUCUCAGUACUCUGA